AUGGAUUUUCCAGAUAUGAAAAAGAACCCUAAACCGUUGAAUAAUAACAGCAAAGACAACCCCGAAUUUGCUGAUAAUUAUUACAAACGGAGUUACAUAAAAGGGAGAAAAAAUGAAGAAAUUAAAAUAGGGUCCAACCUGUCCACGAACAAUGACGUUUUACAACUACCCAGCGUGCUCCACAACCAAAUUAGGAUAAUACGGACAAAUGAAAGCUGCUUUAAAGACUACGUCGUUUUGAAUAACCUAGGAAAGGGAACAUACGCCCAAGUAUGGAAGGUGAAGCAUAAAGUUACGAACGAAAUAUUUGCAGCCAAGUUGUUACAGCCAAAUCAAUUUCCGAAGGAAUCAUUUAACCGAAUCGUUGAAAUGUUUACAAAAGAAAUAAUCAAUCUAUCCAUAUGUCAAUGUCCUGGAGUCAUCAAAUUACACAAAGUUAUAGGAGGAAAAGAAGGAUGGAUAUUAAUACAGGAUUAUGCAAAUGAUGGCACCUUGUGGAAGGAAAAUUUAUCCAGCAAUAUGUCUGAAGCCUUUCUCUACUUCAUUCAACUCUUACAAGGCAUGUGGUAUAUCCAAGACAUGAAUAUUGUUCACAGAGAUUUAAAACCAACAAAUAUUUUAAGAUACGAUAAUAAGAGGAUAGUCAUAGCGGAUUUUGGAUGGUCCGAACAUAUCGAUUCUUGCAAUUUACACCCGACGGAAUGGCCAGGGACGUUAGAAAUUAACCCCCCAGAGAUACUCAGAAAUACGGGACCCAUGACGGAGAAAAUUGACAACUACGCUCUUGGGAUGAAUAUGAUUUUAUUCAUUUCAGGAAGAUUCGUCUGUCGACAGAAAGGAAUCGAAUGCUCAAAAGUCGCGCAAACUAUUUUGAAAACUGUGCAUAAUUUGAGACACUCGAAACCCCCUAGCCGAUUCAGGGAAAACCUGAAAGCAUGGGACUUAUUCGUCAAGUUGACUUCCUCCAACCCUAGUGAACGAUUAAGCCUGCAGAAUGUGCUGGACCACCCCUGGGUGACAGAGAUGUUAAACAAUUUUAGCCUGCAGAAUUCGAAGUUCCUGUGGCAUGAGAAGGUUAAGAGCAGGUGGAUUUACCUCCUCUCGAAUAACUGGAACUUUUUCAAGAACAUCUCCUCCAUUUCGCCCAGCGAUGUGAGCGGAGGGAGCAGCGCAAAUGGGGCCAAUACGCCGAAUAUGUCGAGUGGCUCCACUACAACCCACGCGGUCUACUCAACCAACACAGUCAACACAGUCAACGCACUCGACCCAGUCAAAGCAGCCAACACAGUCAACACCAUUCCACUCAGCGCGAACGGCAAAAUGAAGCAGAACGGCCAACGAGACAAGGACGACGCUUCUGCUUCCAAGGGAAACAAAAACGCAACCGUCGUCAUGGACGCAGACACCCCCAAGGACAAAACUAGUAACAAUAAAUAUUCACAUGCCUGCCUCAAAAACGACUACGAAAUUCUCUACUAUAUGAUGAAGAAUAAUUUUAAAAAUAGAAUAAACUGUUGCUCCGUGAAGAAAAAUAGCGACCCCUGUAACUCCAAAAGCAACAACAGCGGAACGAAGCAAAGUAGAGAGGCCAGAAGUGCGGUCAAAACCGACCACAGAACAAUCACCAGCAGCUACAACAAUGAUAGACUCUUGAACAGGGGGGGGAUCGCUGGUCCUACUGCCACGUCUCUUCAUCAUAAUAGCUACAGUGCACAUGGGAAUGCCGACGCCCUGCAUGGAUCCCAAGCCGCGUACGUGGAAAACACCAAGGAGGAUAACUUUCUGGUCAUAAACGAUGGCGCGGAAAAUCCCAGCAAGGACAAUCUUGGGAAGAAGAAAAAGGAGGACCAUAUCACGAAGGAGGAAAAUGAACCAAUCGUGAUAGACGACGAGGAGGACGAUGAAGUAGACGAAGCAGAUGAAGUAGACGAAGCAGAUGAAGUAGACGAAGCAGAUGAAGUAGACGAAGCAGAUGAAGCAGAUGAAGCAAACGAAGAAGACGAAGCAGAUGAGGCAGACCAAGAAGACGAAGUAGACGAAUCAGAUGAAGCAGACCAAGAAGACGAAGUAGACGAAUCAGAUGAGGGAGGUGACGUGAGGGACAACUGUUCUGUGCACAACAAUUACUCGCGCAAGGAGAAACAGGCACCACAUCGUGCCAGCCUCAGGGAAGAAUCCAAGAAUGGAAAAGUUAGCCAGGUCAGUUAUGCCAGCCAAAUCGUCAAAAAGAAAGGCACUUACCACGAAACGUGUAGCGGGGGUCACGAUGACGAGUUCCUGGAUGAGCAGGUUCGAGACAUCGAGCUGGGGAUCACCGAGGGGGAGGAAGCGAGGGAUGAAGGCGAUGCGGAAGAGGAAGACGAAAACGACGAUGAUGAAGAUGAUGAGGAGGACGAUGAGGAGGAGGCGGAUGAGGGGGACAACGAGGAAGAUGAGGACCACCACGACGAGGAGGAACAAGAAGAACACCACGGUCGAGACGACCGCAGCAAAAAUGAGCACAGUCACAACCGAACAGUGGACAGCAAAAACAACCCAGUCACCUACAUGAAAAGCGGGAGUAAUAAUAAUCACCUGAAAAGUGUACCGGAAAAGUGCUACAGCAGGAGCGACACAUACGAUGAUUUUUUAAACUACAAGGGGAAAAAGAAUGUGCUUAGGUAUGGAAACACCGUAGAGGGGAUCCACAAUGGCAACGGGAAAAGUUCUAAGGAGGGAAUGGCCCCAGAUGAGGAUUCCCUCUUUCAGGAAAGAAAUCGUAUUGUUAGCAUUAAGUCAUCCGACGAGAAGGAAGAGGCGAGUCGCUCCAGCUGCAAAGACGCUUUGGACAGCAAAGCAUCGAAAUGGUUUUGUGCAAAAAAGGAUCAACAGAUGCUAACGGAGCAGUCAGUGAGUUAUACAAAGAACACGACGACCCAUAUGAGGAGAUUUCAAGACGGGCUUCUUACCUUUAGUGAGUCUAAAAAUCUGAGAUUAUCGAAGGACCAAACGAAAGGUGAGUUGGCGGAAAAAAUGUGCGAGAGGGACACCACCGGGAACAUGAGAAGCUCGCACAAAGGGGAGGAAACCAAUGGGGAGGACACAGAGGAAAAAACAGAUAGCCAAAAGAGGCCAUGCAAAUAUGAAGGAACACGAGAAAGGAGAGUGUUGGACCUGGAAGAUCUCCAACCCCGAGGGAACAAGUGGAUGCAGGGGGAAGACUCACCGCCAUAUGACGACGCAAUGGAAGGUGAAGAUGAUGAUGACGAUGAAGAUGACGACUACGAUGAAGAGGAAGCCCAUGAGGACGAAAAUUACAUCAAAAUUUACGCCAACAACUUCAACAUCGACAAAUCAGGGAAGCAAAGAAAGUGCGCCAAGAAGACAGAGUCCUUUUCCAACAAAGUGAAUUCAAUAUUGGAGAAUUCGAAGGAACUAAAGAAGAAAUUAAAGAAAAAUUUAUCCAGUUUGUACGAAAUGGGUUUAAACGAAGGAGAGGAAGGGGGCCACAUGGCCGCCGCGUAUGAAGAGAAACGUUACCAGUUGGACCCUCCCAAUCCGGAAAGUAUCAUCACCUGCAACGGAAUCCGCACUGGCAGCCGAAAUGGCAGUCGCGUCCAAGUCAGCCUCAAUCAAGAAAAGGUCCCAAACAUAAGGGGCCAAGUCGGUAGCAAAAUGGACAGCAAAAUGGACAGCAAAAUGGACAGCAAAAUGGACAGCAAAAUAGACAACAAAGAGGGCAAAAUACGUUGCACCGAUUUCGGGCCGCACCAAAAAAGGAUCACCUCCCUCUACGCAAAUUCUGAAGCAAUCCAAAUGGACAUGAACAAAUUGGGGAAGCACAUCCAUGAUGAGAAUACCUUGCCGAAAAAGAAAAAAAUUGGAAAUAAUUCUUUCUUAGUAGCGGAAGGGAAAACUAGUGAAAAGGUGCACUAUGACUGUGAGGAGAAUAUGACAGAAGGGGAAGGUCACAUCAUUGCAGAUAGAACAAAUUCGUGCCAGAUGGAGAGAUUAAAUAAUAAACAAGAAUCAUUUGACUGCCCCACCCAUUUGAGGGGAUACUUCAACAAGACUACUCCACCCACUGCGUCAGACAUUGGUGGGAAGAUGGAAAAGCCGAGCCACCUUUCCCGAAACGUCAUAGACAGCUGCCUCAGGUAUAUGGAAGACUCUCGAGUAAAAAACAGCCAUCCAGGCCGCUUUGCUUGCUAUGCGGAGGGGGAAAACGUAGCACACAAGGGCAAAAAGAGUCACCCGUUUCGAGUUAGGAGAAGUGGUGACAUAGAAAAAGUGAACAAUAAGUUUCCGAUGAAAGAGAGCGAACAGCUGAGCCGAACAAAUUGGGAAAUUUUUUCAAAUAAGGAUCAAACAAGAGAAUGCGUCAAUGUUCACAUGAACCUUGACAAGGACAAUGACGAUAAGAGUCAGCGCUUGGGAAAUAAAAAAAGCACAUCCAUCGAAGCAAUGGCGAGGAUGCCGUCCAAAAAUAACCUCUCCAAUUAUAGCAUUAACCACCGUGGUACUAACAAGGGAACAAAUUACGAAUAUGAAAAUGAUUUCUCCUCCAUCCUGAACAAAAAAAAAUUGCACCGGGAAAAUAACCUCAACAAUGAUGUAGAGACAGUCACAAAUCGUUACGUGGAACAAAUAAAAGAUACUCCUAAGGAUGGAAAAAACAGCAGGCGGAUCUCCAUCAGCACCAUCUUUCCAGACGACAUCAGACAAAGUAAUAACUCCAGACAGAGUAAUAACCGAGGGAAUAGAAAUGAAAAAGAUUUCUCCUCCAAUAAUGACCCCACCACCCAUCUGUCAGACGAACCCAAUAGCAGCAACGACACAAACGAUAUUAUCAUUAAUAAUUUUAUGAAUAAUACAAAAGGGGGUGGCAACUAUGAUAGAAGCAAAAAGACGGCGGAACACCAUCUGACGGGAGUCAAUCUGGGCCAAUUCGACGCAAAAGGAAAAUACGACCCCUCUAGCGCAGACAAAAGACACAAUCACUUUGCCAGCAAGAAGGGCUACGACAAGAGCGAGCACUACUACCCAGCCAAUAAUUGGAGAAAAUUAGCCGAACGCAACAAUCAAGGUGACACACGAGGUGGCAGCUUCCCCUCCAUGGCGAAUUACGAAACCAGUUACGAGGAGAAUGACUGUAAUAGCAGCAGCAGGAGUGUGGACAAGAGCGACCCUUUGAGUUUUAUGAGAAUGUUGAAAUCGCUGGGCGGUGAGGAGCACUGUGGCAACUGGAUGAGCAGCACGAGGAGCAGAAACGGAAGCCGAAGUGACAACCGCAGUCGGAACCCAUUUGUGGCGGCCAAGGAGCGGUACGAGGACCUACUGUUGGGGGACCUCCCCCAGGAGGGGAAGACACCGAGCGAGAAAAAAGCCUUCAAAGCGGCGGGGAAAGAAAGAAAUUCAAUAAACCUUCAAAUGGAAGGUAACGCAGCGAACCAGGGUACUCUGUCCCAUUGCGCCGUGCGAGGGAAUAAGACGUUCGACGAAGUGCAUCGUGGUCAGGCCGUCAGCACGCAUGCCAACUUGGAGGGAAACGAAAAAGGAGGCGAAAGACGAAGCCAGAGCCGAAGCGAAAGCAGAAGCGAUAAUCGGAGUGACAGCCGAGGUGGAGGUGCCGACAACAAGCCGAGCGCGUUUCUCCACCCAAGCAGCUACACCAAGGCGACCAUACAACUCGACGAAACCAUUCGCGAUAACUUUAACAAAACGUCCAGCUCCUCCACAUAUGACUACAGCGAUUUCGAUUUUCAUUGCUCAUCCAACAAGGACAACAUUGUGGAGUCAUUCAGCACCGACUAUAAGUUAACCACGGCCAGGGAGAAGGUUGUUAUGCCGAGGCAGAAGAAGGAGGAGAAGCAGGAAAGGCUCUGCUACCACCAAACGGGCGCCAGGUUUCAGGUCCCCAAUUAA